AUGUCUACAAAGAGAGUUCGGAAGCUGGGGAUUAGCGAGUAUAUUGUUCAGACUCUGAAUUCUUGUUCUGCGCGUCAGCCGUAUUUCGACGAGAUCUACCGCGCUUUGCCGUAUGGAUCCAAGAUUGUUUUCGAAAAUAUUGUGCCUUUCCCCAGUCAACCGCAAAUUCGAAUCAUUCCAGAUAAUACAUAG